AUGCAGCUCCCUCGGUGGCCGUUAGACGAGGAUGCUGGCUGCUGCCGGCCUCAAAGAUUUGGUGUUUGUCGUGCUUCAUUUUCGGUAAAGAAGAAGAAGAAUAAUAAAGCCAUGAAAGAGGGCAUUUCGGAAAAUGAAGGUAGAACCGAGGGCAAUUUUGGAAAUAACGAGGAGGAGGAGGAUACUGAGGCGAUUGCAUUGAGAGAUAUCAGCCGUGAGCGUAAUGGCCGGGAGUCAGUGGGGUGGAUUGAGGAAAUGAUUGGUGCGAUGCAACGUGCUCGUGGCGGUUUUGGCGGCGGCGGCGGCAGCAUCCGUACGGAUAAUUGGGGAGAGGUGGGACCGGGUUUCGAGGAAGAGGGUCAAUUUUUGGCUCCUCCUCUUGCUUUGAGGAGCUCUGCUUUUUGUGCCUCUUGGCUGGCACGGGGAGAGAGUAGUGGUAGUAGUUCUGCAGUGCCGGAGGCGGCGGGGAGUGGUGGUAGUGAGGAGAGUGAUCGUGAUUCACAUAAUAAAAGGGCUAAAGUUUACUCCUGUUCUGAUGAUUGUCAUUAUGCUGCAGUAAUGUCUUCAGAUGCUGGCAAUUCUACUACAUCAGCAGAUAGACACCUUGGUUUAAGUCAGAGCUCUUCAAUUCCAUCGAAUAAUGAGAUUUUUUAUCGUAACUUCAUGUGGAAUAACAACAGUGAUGAGAAUCCAUUUGAUUCUAAUGGUGGGAGAGAUGAUGGUGAUGAUAGUGGCACUUCCAAGUCAGAGGACUUAGAAGUUAGGAUGGAUCUUACCGAUGACUUGUUGCAUAUGGUUUUCUCUUUCUUGGACCACAUUAAUCUUUCUCGGGCUGCAAUGGUUUGUAGGCAGUGGCGAGCAGCUAGUGCUCAUGAAGACUUCUGGAGGUGUUUGAAUUUUAAGAAUCGGAACAUAUCUGUAGAACAAUUUGAGGAUAUGUCUCGGCGAUACCCGAAUGCCACCGAAGUGAAUAUUUAUGGUGCUCCUGCUAUUCACUUGCUUGUUAUGAAAGCAGUCUUUUCUUUAAGAAAUCUUGAGACUUUAACCUUGGGAAAAGGACAGCUGGGGGAUCCCUUUUUUCAUGCCUUGGGAGAUUGUAUCAUGUUGAAGAGGUUGAAUGUCAAUGAUGCUACUCUGGGUAGUGGUAUUCAGGAGAUACCUAUAAACCAUGAUAGAUUGCGUCAUCUUCAACUAACAAAGUGCCGUGUGAUGAGGAUAUCUGUCAGGUGUCCACAACUUAAAACUUUGUCUUUGAAACGCAGCAACAUGGCACAGGCUGUGCUGAAUUGUCCUCUCUUGCAUCUCCUUGACAUAGGGUCUUGCCACAAGCUUACAGAUGCAGCAAUCCGUUCAGCAGCAAUUUCAUGCCCUCAAUUAGAGUCUUUAGACAUGUCGAAUUGUUCUUGUGUGAGUGAUGAAACACUACGUGAAAUAGCCCUGACUUGUGCUAAUCUCCACAUUCUUAAUGCAUCUUAUUGUCCAAACAUAUCACUUGAGUCUGUUAGGCUGCCAAUGUUGACAGUUCUCAAGCUUCAUAGCUGUGAGGGCAUCACUUCAGCUUCAAUGUCUGCGAUUGCUCAUAGUUAUAUGUUGGAGGUUUUGGAGCUUGACAAUUGCAGUCUUUUGACUUCUGUGUCCUUGGAUCUUCCUCGCUUGCAAAACAUAAGAUUAGUACAUUGUCGAAAAUUUGCUGAUCUAAACUUGCGAAGUAGCAUGCUAUCGUCUAUAAUGGUGUCUAAUUGCCCAGCUCUUCAUCAUAUCAAUAUCACUUCCAAUUCGCUUCAAAAAUUAGCAUUGCAGAAGCAGGAAAACCUAACAACAUUAGCAUUACAGUGCCAAUGUUUGCAAGAAGUGGACCUCACAGAUUGUGAAUCUUUGACUAAUUCUAUUUGUGAAGUUUUUAGUGAUGGUGGAGGAUGCCCUAUGCUAAAAUCAUUGGUUCUUGAUAACUGCGAGAGCUUGACUGCUGUGCAAUUCUGCAGCACUUCUUUAGUUAGUCUUUCUCUAGUUGGUUGCCGUACUAUUACUGCUCUUCAUCUGGCGUGCCCUUCUCUUGAGCUUGUUUGUUUGGAUGGCUGUGAUCAUCUUGAGAAAGCAUCAUUUUGUCCAGUUGCUCUCCGGUCACUCAAUUUGGGAAUUUGUCCCAAAUUGAACAUGCUUACCAUUGAAGCACCAUGCAUGGUGUCCCUUGAGUUGAAAGGAUGUGGUGUAUUAUCUGAAGCAUCUAUUAAUUGCCCUCUCUUGACAUCUCUGGAUGCUUCAUUUUGCAGCCAACUCAAGGAUGACUGCUUGUCUGCAACUACUGAAUCCUGCCCCCUUAUUGGGUCAUUGAUUUUGAUGUCUUGCCCUUCUGUUGGUUCUGAUGGGCUAUUUUCUUUGCGGCGGCUUCUGCAUUUGACUGUGCUUGAUUUGUCAUACACUUUUUUGAUGAAUCUGAAGCCAGUGUUUGACUCUUGUUUGCAACUGAAGGUACUAAAAUUACAAGCAUGCAAAUAUCUUACUGACUCAUCAUUGGAGCCGCUUUAUAAGGAUGGAGCUCUUCCCGCACUUCAGGAAUUGGACUUGUCUUAUGGGACCCUCUGUCAAUCUGCAAUUGAAGAGCUUCUGGCUUGUUGUAGACACCUUACUCAUUUGAGCUUGAAUGGCUGUGUAAAUAUGCAUGAUCUGAAUUGGGGAUGCAGUGGUGGUCAGCUUUCUGAGUUGCCAAGCAACUUAAACUCAACUGCAAAGCAAGGUCCUGUGCCAACUGAGCAGCCAAAUCGCUUAUUGCAGAACCUAAACUGUGUUGGUUGUCCGAAUAUUAGGAAAGUUGUCAUUCCACCAGUGGCCCGUUGUUUGCAUCUGUCUUCGCUAAACCUUUCUUUAUCUGCCAAUUUGAAGGAAGUUGAUGUUGUUUGUUUUAAUUUGUGCUUUCUUAAUUUGAGCAAUUGUUGUUCCUUGGAAAUAUUGAAGCUUGAGUGUCCAAGGUUGACUAGUCUUUUUCUUCAGUCUUGCAACAUUGAUGAAGAAGCUGUUGAAGCUGCCAUAUCUCAAUGUGGCAUGCUGGAGACUCUUGAUGUACGUUUUUGUCCGAAGAUAUGCUCAAUAAGCAUGGGCAGAUUACGCGCAGCAUGCCCGAGUCUAAAGCGUGUCUUUAGCAGCCUGUCACCCUCGUGA